AUGGUUCAUCCUGUGGGUAUUCUGGUCUCCGUUGCUCUCCUUGUUCUACUUCUUAUGUUGGGAUUCACUCUGGUGUCAAGGGCUGCUUGGAAGCCCAAACUGAGACAGCCACCGGGCCCACCAAGGUGGCCCGUCUUCGGGAACCUCCUUCUAUUGGGCCCACUCCCGCACAAGGACAUGGCCCAACUUUCCUCAGCCUACGGGCCGCUCGUUUACCUCCGACUCGGCGCCGUCGACGCCGUCACCACCGACGACCCGGAGGUCAUCCGGGAGAUCCUACUUCGGCAGGAUGACGUGUUCGCCUCCCGGCCCCGGACGCUGGCCGCCGUCCACCUCGCCUACGGCUGCCGAGACGUCGCCUUGGCCCCGUUCGGCUCGCACUGGAAGCGGAUGCGGCGAACCUGCAUGGAGCACUUGCUUACCACGAAGCAGAUCGAGUCGUUCUCGGGCCACCGGAAAAUCGAGGCCUGCCACCUCGCCCGAGAUGUGUGGCGCAAGGCCCGAGAUGGGGAGCCCGUCAACCUGCGGCAGUUCUUGGGCAACUUUUCCAUGAACAACGUGACGAGGAUGCUGCUGGGAAAGCAGUACUUCGGACCCGAGCUGGCCGGGCCGGCCGAGGCGGCAGAGUUCAUGCACAUCACCCACGAGCUGUUCUGGCUCCUGGGGCUGAUCUAUCUCGGCGACUACCUGCCGCUGUGGAGGUGGCUCGACCCGCUCGGGCGCGAGAAGAAAAUAAGGGAGGUGGGGAAGAGGAUGGACAGGUUCCACCAGAAGAUAAUCGAGGAGCACCGGGAAGCCAUGGCGAGGAGGAAGGAAGCUGGCGAUGGCGAGAACAAAGAAGCAAUGGACUUUGUUGAUGUGCUGCUCUCCUUGCCAGGUGAGGAUGGGAAGGAACGCAUGGACGACACAGAGAUCAAAGCUCUUAUGCAGGACAUGAUUGCCGCGGCGACGGAUACAUCGGCGGUGACGAACGAAUGGGCCAUGACGGAGGUGAUCAAGCACCCAGGGGUGCUGCGGCAAGUCCAGGAGGAGCUCGACAGGGUGGUCGGGAGGGAUCGCCUGGUGCAGGAAUCAGACCUUGCCCACCUGACGUACCUCCGGUGCGUCGUGAGGGAGACCUUCCGACUGCACCCGGCGGGGCCGUUCCUCAUCCCUCACGAGUCCACCAGGGCCACCAAGCUCAUGGGCUACGACAUCCCCUUCAAGACGCGCGUGUUCAUCAACACGUACGCGCUGGGGCGGAACAGGCGCGUCUGGGACGACGUCGACGCGUUCCGGCCCGAGCGACACCUGCCGCCGGAGGGCAGCGGCGGGCGGGUGGAGAUCAGCCACGGGGCCGACUUCAGGAUCCUGCCGUUCGGCGCGGGGAAGCGGAGGUGCCCCGGCGCGCCGCUGGGAGUGACCAUGGUGCUGAUGGCGCUCGCCACGCUCUUCCAUUGCUUCGACUGGUCGCCGCCGGAGGGGGUCCGAUGUGAGGAGAUCGACACGGAGGAGGUCUACGGCAUGACCAUGCCCAAAGCCAAGCCACUGAUGGCGGCAGCCAUGCCGCGAUUGGCCCCAAACCUGUACGACUAA